CUGUUCUGGUUUUUUUUGUUUCGUUUUGUUAUAAUUGUGUAUUGUUAUUCUUCGUUCGCUGUUCGAUAAUUCGUCCGGAAAAUCUUGUCAAUUAAACUGAUAGUUUAUCAGAUUGAAUUUGUUUAUCAGACUGAAAUCCUUACGAUCAGUAAUUAGUAUCCGACUUUUUGCAACAACUUUCGCCCAUUCUCGUCCGGCUUCGUUAACUGCUCUGUAAUUUCUGAUUCAAUAUGGCGGCGACAAUAGUGAAAGGCGAAAAACCUAUGGUUUUCAAGUUCGAAGAAGACGGCGAACAUUUCAUGAUAGGCAGUCAAGUCGGCCGUUCGAUGAAUCUACUAAAAGGCGCUCUCUACAAACGUUUUCCAUCUCUUUGGCGCCGUUGUGUGACGAGCGAAGAAAGACAACUCUUGAAUACCAUUGGCAUUUCUUAUAACAAUCUUUCAAAUACAAACAUCAUGCUAGUAAAAGAAAAAGAAAUAGAUGAUAUUUUGAAAGGAAAUGCACACGCCUAUUCGCCAUGUUCAAGCCCCAAACGGUCCCCCGGUCGACCGCAGACGCAGAGAGCGACAUUUUACAAACCUACUGUAUCAAGUUUGUUGUCUCAGCCAAGCGUUUCUCCCUCAGCAGAUCAUUCGUCGGCGAUUCAUCUUACAGCCGUUGGGAGUUUAACUACUUCGUUAAACCCGAAGGGAAAUACUGUCGAAAGGAAACUUCGAAGAAUUAAAAUAAUGCCUAUUUUAAGGUACGUUUUAUGUUGGGAAAAAAAUCAGCAAAAAUAUAUAAAAAAAGUCAAUGUUCUUGACAGUGUUUGCAGUAGGUGGAACUCUACUAUCGUACAGCAGAGCAUCUGCAGAUGGUCAACCUGCAGUUAUCAGAAUGAGAAAAUAAUGUCGAUUCUUUCAUUAUGUGACAUAGGCUUGUAUCUGUGAUUCUGUGGUCAAAUAAAAAUUACUAAAUGUACAAAUGGCUAUUAAGGCUUUGGCAGUAUAAUAUAUUUAACCCUUUAGAUGGUGA